GCUGUUUCCUCGCGUCUCUCCGCUUUUGAGAAUCCUUUUCGAAUUUGGUAUCACACACACUCACAAACUCACACACUCUUUCAAGUCGCUGAUUAUAGUGUUCGGAUACAAACCCAAAGACCAAACCCCCCCAGAUAACGUCUUUCUCUCGCUCUCUCAUACCUUUUCCCUCCAACACUCAAAAAAUCUCUCUCUCCGCCAUGUCCAACUCAGGCGACGAUACGAGCGGUCCAAUUCAACUGCCGGGCUUCCAGCCCUGGCUGCUCCAUUCUCAUUCGCAGACUCAGAAACACUGCUCUGCCCGCAGAGCUCUCCCUUUCUCCCUCGUCGCUCCUCCCAACGACUCCAACGGGGACUCUCACGCCUACGCGCACUCCGCCGCGUUCGCUAAACAGUCUAAACUCGCGUUGAGGCAAAAAAAUGAAUUAGAUAACUGUGAGGCCCAGAAAAAUGGACAGGCAGCCACUCCCGUACGGAGCAAACUAGCUAGUGAGCUUUCGCUUAAACCAGACUCUCGCACUGGUGGAAACCAUCGGACUAAAUUAAAGGUUCCAAAACAAGCGAAAUCUGGGACUCAAAAAACUGAUACUGAGUCUCCCAAUGGUCUGAAUGCAGCUAAUAAUUGUCGUUAUGACAGUUCUUUAGGCUUGUUGACUAAGAAAUUUAUCAGUUUGAUCCAGGAGGCUAAGGAUGGCACCCUUGAUCUGAAGCAUACCGCAGAUGUCUUGCAGGUUCAAAAGCGGAGGAUGUAUGAUAUUACAAAUGUUCUUGAAGGAAUAGGAUUGAUAGAGAAAACUUCAAAGAACCAUAUACGUUGGAGGGGAUAUGAUGGGAUGGGCCCACCUGAGCUGGAUGAUCAAGUUGCUGCACUUAAGGCUGAAAAUAAAAGCUUAUAUCUUGAAGAAUGCAGUCUUGAUGAUUCUAUAAGGCAACAAUAUGAGCUUCUGAGGGGCCUGGAGAAAGAUGAAAAUUAUCGAAAGUACCUCUUUUUGACAGAGGAAGAUAUUGUGACUCUGCCGUGCUUCCAGAAUCAAACACUUAUUGCAAUAAAAGCACCACAAGCUAGUUAUAUUGAAGUUCCUGAUCCUGACGAGGAGGAUAUCGGUUUCCCCCAAAGGCGGUAUAAGAUGACUAUUAGAAGCAUCACUGGACCAAUUGAUUUGUACCUAAUGAGUAAAUACAACAGCCAAUGUGAGGAUAUGGAUGUCAAGCAGGCUAAAUCAUCGGAUUUACCAGCUGGUAGUGGUGGCCAUUGCAGAGUGGAAGAUGCAAGGCAGUCUUUAGAACACCAGGGCAAUCAAAACAUUUCUUCAGAAGGCUUCAGCUUACCGACUUCAGAUGUGUCUGGGAUUCAAAAGAUUAUUCCUUCGUAUAAAGAUAUUGACAAUGAUUACUGGUUUCACUCAGAUCCUGGAGUCAGCAUGACAGAUUUGUGGGCAAAUGAGGACUGGGCCCAAGUAGGUGACUUCCUUGAAGAUGGUUCUUCAAAGAGUACAUGAGGAGCAUGUAGUUAGGUUUCCCAGAUAACAUGAAGGGUGUUGCAUACUCCCCUUCAUAGUUUUAAGUGUAGAUUUUAUAGCUAGAUUUUUUUUAUUUUAUUCAGGUCAAAUUAGUUUUUACUAAUCACAAGAUUAGGAAAAGCCUAGCAAAAAUGCCAAUCUUCUGUAAAACCCACCAAUGUAUACAGGGUUGCUGGAAUAGGUUGAUAUAUGUCCCGAUUAUGUUAGAUGACUGCAUGAGAGUGUUUAUUUUGGGGAUCGUAAUGCGGUAAAGGUGCAAAGAUAGGGUUGGACAUGCGUAUAUACAGAUCCAGAGUUCUUCUCUAAAUGUUGAAGUUGGUCAAGUACAUAUCGCCCAAGAGACCAUUCGACCAUACAGCCAGUCUAAUGAAUAAUGAUAUAUGUGAAGUUAAAGUCCUAUCGGGGUAAGGUGCAUUGAGCUUGCCUUUAGACCGAUUACCAAACUUAGGAUGUAAAAUCUAAUUAGGACCAGGAAAAUGGAGAGGAUCCUGUUUCCCUUCUUUUUCGGUCCAAGCACUCUGUUGAUGGUGGAUCACUUGAAAUGGAGGUGAUUCAUAUUAGGUUUUGACAUAUUUAAUGGUGUAUAUGUUGUUACGUCAUUUAAAAUACACAUUAAAUGUUGUGAAAUAUAAUUUAGACCAUAAAAUAUACCACCAUCUCCAUUUCAGGGUUUACCAACCAAAGCUUG